AUGCUUCCUAUACAACCAAUUAAUAUUGGUAAUGUACAAAAUGUAUCAAUUCCACAUGCAUCACCAUUUCAAGUUCAAUUAUUGCAACAACUGAAUCAACAGCAGCAGCAAUUGCAACAACUGAAUCAACAGCAGCAGCAAUUGCAACAAUUGCAACAACAAUUGCAGCAGCAAUUGCAACAAUUGCAACAACAAUUGCAACAAUUGCAACAACAAUUGCAGCAGCCAUUGCAACAAUUGCAACAACAAUUACAGCCGCAACAACAACAACAAGUUAAUGGUGGUCAAGCUGCUGUUGUCGGUCAUGGUGGUGGUCAAGCUGCUGGUGUCGUUCGUCGUGGUCGUGGUCAAGCUACUAUUGUUGUUCGUCGUGGUCAAGUUGCUGUUGUGGUUCGUCGUGGCCGUGGUCGUGGUCGUGGUGUUGGUGCUCGUCGUAUUGCUGGUGGUUAA